AUGGACCGUGAUAGAGUCUCUAGUUCCAUUAACUCUCCUCCAUAUUUUGAUGGGAAAGAUUACUCUCAAUGGAAAGUAAUGAUGAUGGCUUUCCUGCAAUCUCAAGAGGAUAAGUUAUGGAACAUUAUAGAGAAGGGUUGGAUAGAACCAACUAAAAGGGAAACUGAAACUUCAAAUCCUAUUCCUAAACCAAGAGGUGAGUGGACUGUUGCUGAGCAAUCUGAUCACAAAUGUGAUACUAAAGCUCGCUAUAGCCUUUUCGCUGCCUUGUCGGAUAAGGAAAGAAAAAGAAUUACAAAUUGUCCAACUGCUAAAGCUUCUUGGGAAUUACUUCAAACCACUCAUGAGGGUAACAAAAAAGUGAAGGCACAAAAACUUCAAAGCCUUGUGCUUGAAUUUGAAGAAAUGACUAUGAGAGAGGAUGAAUCUGUUGAUGACUUCCAUAGUCGCCUGAUCAAUGUUACCAAUCAAUGUCAUGGGUUGGGUGAUCCUAUUUUAGAGCAUAGAAUUGUGAAAAAGUUUCUUCGUGCUCUUCCUCCUAGUUUUGAGGCUAAGCAAAUUGCCAUUGAGGAAGCUCAAGAUCUUGAUUCAUACUCAUUAGAUGAGCUUGUGGGAAAUUUGAAAACCUUUGAGUCAAAAAGGAGAAAGGGUCAGAAAGAAAAAUCAAUUGCUUUAAGCACUAUGAAAAAAGAAGAAGAUCCUUCUGAUUUUAAUCUAGAAGAAUUUGCUCUUCUCACAAAACAGUUCAAAAAAUUUCUUAAAUCCGGAAGGUCACCCUCUUCUAGCUCUAGAAAUUUUUCUGGUUCUACUUCUUCCAAAAGAAAUCAAAAUGAUGAUGUUUCAAAUGACAAAUACUCAAAGUCCUCAAAGUUUUUUCAAAAGAAGUCUUUUGGUGAAAAACCAAAAUGUUUUGAGUGUCAAGGAUAUGGUCAUCUUGCUGCUGAUUGUGCAAACAAAAAAUUUAAGUCUCAAUCAAAUAGAGCUUUUAAAACCUCUUGGAGUGAUAGUGAAUCGGAAACUCAGUCCGACCAUGAAGAGGAGAAUGUUGCUCUUGUUGCUACCACCCAAAAUGAGUCCUCAAAUGAAUCUGAUGAUGAUGAGCACUCUGAGGAGGUAGCCACUAACAAGUUCCAGCAGCUGUACAAAGCCUCAAAAAUAAUGAUAGGAAAGACUGAGGAAUUGAAGGAUCAACUUGCUUCUUGUGAAAAAGAAAAAACUGGGAUAGCAGAGAAGUUGCAAUCCUGCAAGAAGAAGUGGGAAUUUGAAAGAAGUGCCUUGGUAAGUCAAGUGGAGACUCUGCAAGAGAACUUGAAUGCACAAAUCAGGUUAGUCAAUUCUCUAACUUCUGAAAAAAAUCUCUCUUGA